AUGGAGACGGCCUCCAUCCAUACCUAUGUAAGAAACAUGAUGGCGCUACCAUUCCUGCCAGCCGCCGACAUUGAGCCAGCUUUCCAGCUCCUUGCGCUAAGAGCUAACUCCGAACAGCUCUCCAGGUUCGAGCGCUACAUGGAGGAGCAGUGGAUUAACCACUCCAUCUUCGAUAUUGACUCCUUGUCAGUGUAUGGGGUGAGUGUCAGAACUAUCAAUGACACCAAAGGAUGGCACCAAUCUCUGAACAGAAAAGCAGGUUGCCAGGAACUGACUUUCUACCGCCUGGUUCCAGCACUAUGUGCAGAGGCUGAGAAUGUGCAGUACGAGUUGAGGUACCUCAGAGAGGGCCAAUCCACUAGGAGAGUGAGGCCAGUGAGCCUUAGGAUAGAGAAAAGUAUAAGAGACCUCUGGGCAAGGUAUGACAGCAAAGACAUCACAACUAGUGAACUUCUAAACAAAUGUGCAAAGGUGUACGGCCCACAGGUGGAGCCCACAGCAGAACGCACAGUACAUGAGACACUUGUCACCAGAUUGUAA